AUGAGUUCGGGUGAACUCACAGCCCUAUCGCAGGUUUACAAAUCAGUAACACCUCUGGAUCAAUUCUUGGAAACGUUUUUGGACCCAGGUCAAAUUGACGAACUUUAUAAACCCACCAUUGGCAAUUGUGACUUUCGAAAGUUUCUCGAAUCAGUUUAUGUUGGGGUCGACUUUGAACUAAAUGCAGAUAGUCCUCCAAGCUAUCCAACAUCGAUUCAUGCACAAAGAUUUCGCGAACGAUAUCUUUCAUACAAGGAGCUGAUAUCCUUCGCUACAAGAAAUGCGUAUCAACAAUCUCUCCAAUAUACUAGAACCUUGGACAUAUCCGAGAGUUGGAAGGGAACUUUUUCCAAUGUUCUGAGCCAUGGUGUUACUUCGACGUUAAAGCUUAGCUACGACUAUCCCAAUGCUACUGCGAUGAUGUUCAUGCAACACGAGUGGAGACUAUUGUAUUCACGACUGGAUUCUGCUUGGCUAUACUAUCUUUUAACUCAGUGCUCUUUAUUUUACUAUCUAGAACACUGCGAGUCGUAUAUUCAAUUAACGGGUGUUAAUGUUAUAUACAAACUGCGCGAUACUUUGCGCAGUGAUGGUGUGGGCAAGCGGUCCUCUGAUGGGGAUGUAGGUGCUCAGCGACCCAAGAAGAAAGCAAAGACUGCCGGCGAAUCUAUCUCACUAGUAUCCAACCCUCUUCAAUCUAUAAGCACUGCACAUGUCUUGAAACAAGGCAGCAGUAGAAAAAAACCUAUCAGAACAAUGCUUACUAAAGCAUCAAAAGUAUUCAUAUCGAAAGAAAGUUGUUUGUACGGUCCAACUCCAAAAAACGAUGUUUGUUUUGGAUUCAAGAGGAACUUUUGUCUUAAUCGUGUUCCAUUUCGUGAACCCGGGCUAGAUACCCAAAGCCCUGUGAAGUCAUCAUCUGAUCGCUCGCUUUCUUUUCACGUUCGUUAUCUACUUGCUUUAAUAUUUCCCUCUCAGUAUGGAUUGGAAGGCAUUUCAAAACUAACGGGUCCUUCAGAGACUAACAAAUGGCAAAAGCUAAAUUGGAAAGCAGAGACACUCCGGAUAAACAAUCUUGUUCAAACCCACCUGGAAUCCAAAAAACGGCAUAAAACUAGACUGUUGAAGACGAAUGCUACGGGGAAGCCGGUAACUCCAUCAAUUGCUCAUAUUCUUCAGUCGUCCUUGUCCAGACACCGCCACCUUCCAUAUGCUGUGUUUAUGGAUGAAUCAUUUCGCAUUGAACAUCUGAAAACGGCCGGUACUAUAGACGCUACUAAAGUAGAAAUCGAAGGCUCGAACAGCUCAGCAUUGUCAGUUCCAUAUCACCGAGUAUCCAAGUUCAUAAUUCUUGUUAUCAAUUACCUAUUCCCAAAAGAGACUUUUGGUUCAGACUACAACUGGUCACUGCUGUAUAAGAAAAUAGGGCAAUACGUCCGGCAAAGAACUUCUGAGAAGCUAUCACUUUUAGUUUAUUUUGAAGGGUUCCGAAUCAAAGAUAUCCCUUGGUUAGCGCCCGCAAAUGGCACAGGUGCGACAAGUUUAGCGAGGCCUGAUUUUGAAAAGAGGCAGGAUCUCUUUCUGGAGUUUCUGUUAUGGACAUUCGAUUCAUUGAUACCUAAUCUCGUCAAAGCAAAUUUCUACGUAUCCGAGAUUAGUGGCCAAACUUCGGUCUCCUACUACAGGCAGGAUGUAUGGAAGAUCAUAUAUCAUAAGACUGUCACAAGGUACAUCCAGGAGAAACUCCAUUGUGCUCCGAGUGACGCUCAUAUUCAGGUUGCUCACAGACCAUAUACUGGGUAUUCUGGCUUGAGAAUUGUCCCAAAACCAACGGGAUUUCGUGUGAUAAUCACCCUUGGCAAAGCUCCUACGGAAGGUACGGCGGUUCUUAAAAGUGUCAAUAGCUAUCUAUCUAUUCUCAAAAAGGUCCUUGAUUCCUCAAGGAUUCUUUAUCAUAAGACCCUUCCCAGCCACUUGUCAAAUCCAAAUGAGAUGUUUGAAAGAUUAGCGUCUUUUUACAAGAACUGCGAGAGUCCCAUGAAGGAUAAUAGCUCAUUCUACUUUGUCAAAGCUGAUAUCACCAGAUGCUUCGAUACUAUUCCUGUAAGCAAAGCCUUUGAAAUCGCUAAGAGCAUUAUUAAAGGAGAACAUUUUUGGCUCCAAAAGGUCCAAUCUUACAACCUUCGCAUCAAAGGAAGAUACAAAUACAGAGAAGAACUGAUUGCAAGAGAUCUAAGUGCCCCAAUGUCUUUUCAAGCAAAUGUUUCUAACGCAUAUUGCCGUAAGAGUAGUGCUAGAAGCCGCAUUUUAGUAGAUCGUGGCGGCGAUGAGACUGUACCAGGUCAAAAGAUGGUUGAUUUACUCGAACAGCAUCUUAAUAGAUGUGUCGUUAGACUUGAGGAGAAUAAUUACUGGUUACGUGAGGGCAUUCCUCAAGGAUCGUGUAUUUCAUCACUUCUUUGCGACCUGGUCUAUGAUGCUUUUGUACAGAAAUGCCUUCCAUAUAAUGAGAAGACUAGCAUCAUGUUCAGAUAUGUUGAUGAUUUCUUAUUUGUUUCUAGAGCGAAAGGCGAAGCAGAACGAUUUCUUGGCUUAAUGGUGAAAGGUUUCUCUGAGUUCGGUGUCAGUAUUAAUCCUAGGAAAACUAUAACCAACUUUGAAUCGGCUUUACCUACAGAAGUAAUGCGAACCGGACAUUUUCCAUUUCUGUCACACCAAAUUGACUGUUAUACGUUGCGCCCUGUAAACAAACGGGACUUCAUCAGACAGACAUUAGUCAAAACUCCUCUUUAUCGUAUGCCGAAAAGUAAUAUCUCGGUUCUUACUGAAAAGAUCAUGCGCAUCAUAAAUUUCAGGGUGAAUGCUAAGAUUAUCAAGGAGCUUCAAAUAUCUCGGCUGUUACGCAAGUACAUAAGCAAUGUUUGUAGCAAUAUUGCGAGUACAGUUCUCACCUAUGAUCGUAUUUGCCUACAGCGUCUUUCGGCUAAACAAAGCUCAAAACCGAUUGCUAGUCUGUUGCUCGAUGUUGUCGUACGCAUAUCAUCUGUAGUCGGGGAGAGUGCUUCAAGUGAAAAUAGGCAUGGAAAGAACUUUACAGAGCUGGAGAUUCUGAAGUCCUGUCUUCAAGGCUUCAACAAAGUUUUCAGAAACAAGCCGAGAUACGCAAGUAUCCUCGACGAUCUCUACCGUACUCUCAAAAUCUAG